UUCCGACUUCUGCAGUUGCUCCUUCUGGAUGGCUGCUGGCCCUGUUGCAUGCUCAGUGCUCUACAUGGUGGUAUAGAAUGGCCGUGGCUGGAAUUUGGUGGCAUCAACUAAACGGUGGGUUUUUUCCUAGUUUAUUUUGAAUUUUUUAAUUUAAAAAUAAAAUUUUUUAUUUUUAUAUAUUGUUCUUCUUUUGGUGGCCUGUGGAGAAUAUGCUGGUGGCCUCGUGAUGGUGGUCUGGUGGCCAGUUUAAAAAAUUUUUUUUAAUUUUUAAAAAAUAAUAAAAAAUUUUUUUUUUAAUUUUUUUAAAAAUUAUGCUUGUGGUGGUGGUUUGGUGGUUGUCGUGCUUUUGGUGGUUGGUGGCUCUCUUCAUGCUCUUGGUGGUGUUAUGGUUGGGGUGUGAUAGGUUCUACUCCAUGCACUGUGGUGGUUGUUCGUCUACAUCUUUCUCGUCUACAUGAUCCGCAUCGUGCGGCCACCCGCUCAACCGGUGGUAUGGAUGGUAUGGACAAAGCAGGAUGUCCUCCAAUGGAUGGAAUUAGUUUUUAAAGGUUUUUAAGUUCAUUGGUGAAGGUUAGUUUUACCGGAAAAAGGCCGUAGAGGGUAGAGGGUGUUCGCUGAUUUUCGUUAUUGAUCUUCCUGUCGUGUUUUUAUCGAUUUUAUUUUUGGCAUUCUGUUUAAUGUCAAUUUAUCCCGUUUAAAUUUAGUACAUUUGAGUCUUACACAUAUUCAUCUUCAACAACAUUUUCGUCAUUUACCUUGACCAAUCCUUUUUACUAGAUAUAUCAGAUUUUAUGUAGUGAUUAAAGCAACUGAUCUCAAAAUGAUGAAUUCAACUAUUUUUCUUUGUUUCAUUUUCCUGAUUGUUUUAGUAUUUCUGGCUGGUGGACAGGAAGAAGCCAAUUCAAACCACAUCUACCGUGAAGAAUACGAAACUUAUGAGACGCUGCAAAGACACAAGAUUCCUCCGCCACAGACUUUCGAAUUUGCCGAGACAGAAUUUACAAGGCCUAGUUAUUACUUAUCAGUGCCGUUUCGCUCUCAAAACAAACUUCAGACAAUUCCUGACGAUAUAUUCAGCCAACUAAUUAGGCAACACAUUGCUCGCAACCGUGCCAAGUUAUUGACUUCCAAAAAUUCUCAAAAUGGCAAUGCUCUUCAGUUAAGACAAACACCGUUCCGUCGAUGGUCACCGACUAAUGGGAAUUACAAGGAAAAAUUGCGCCAAUGGAAGGCAGAGCUUAAAAGUCGGCUUAGAGGUCUGAAGAUUCCUGAGCAAGUUUCUCCGAGCAAUGGAAGCGAUCAGGAAGGAACUUUGACAAAAGAGCUACCUUAUUAUGUGACAUACAAUCCACAGACCAACACGUAUCAAAUAUCAAAUCAGCCACCUUUAUUGAAUACAGGAAUGGAAAGUGAGAAGACGGCUAAACCUAAUCAACAAAAUUCGACAUCUAGAAAGGAGUCACACAAACCUUCAACAGUUUCUGAAAAGUUAAAAGAACCUCCUUUGCUGAUUGUAUUGCAAAAAGCACUUCCCCUUGAUAAAAAUACUCAAGAAGAACACAAAACGAUAUCUCAAAAUAUUCUUGGAAAGCAACUGAACAUUCCAAAUGCAAAACAAAUUUUAUUUUUGGACGAUUACGAAGAAAGUAUGAACGAAGACGAUUAUAAAGAAAAUGAUGGAAAUUAGUAAAAAAUUAAUAAGAUAUAGAUUAUCGAAUCUUGAUAGAAAGGUAAAAAUUCCAUUUGCACCGGGAAUGUCGCUGGUGUCCGAAGCCUGGGGUAAAAGCCUAACUUUUUUACUCUUAAUCCCCAUAAAUGGCCCGCACAGAACUCUGACUUUUUCGGCUCGAACUCAGAUCCGGAGAAAAUUUUGUAAACACACACUUAUAGUUAGGUUAUCGGAACCCCGGGUAAAACGUCUAAUCCAGCUUCG